AUGAGAGUCACUUUAGAAUACUUUCAAGAGCAAGCAAAUGAACAGGCCAGUACAGGUAACCAAUUGGGAGAGAAGGAGGUACAAGUUCUAAAGGAGUCCAAUGAUCGAUUGAAAAACGAAAACCAAGUCUUGUGGGCAGAUGUCAGCAAGCUUGAAUCACAACUAGAAUCUAUGAGAGUUACCUUAGAAUACUUUCAAGAGCAAGGAAAUGAACAGGCCAGUACAGGUAACCAAUUGGGAGAGAAGGAGGUACAAGUUCUAAAGGAGUCCAAUGAUCGAUUGAAAAACGAAAACCAAGUCUUGUGGGCAGAUGUCAGCAAACUUGAAUCACAACUAGAAUCUAUGAGAGUCACUUUAGAAUACUUUCAAGAGCAAGCAAAUGAACAGGCCAGUACAGGUAACCAAUUGGGAGAGAAGGAGGUACAAGUUCUAAAGGAGUCCAAUGAUCGAUUGAAAAACGAAAACCAAAUCUUGUGGGCAGAUGUCAGCAAACUUGAAUCACAACUAGAAUCUAUGAGAGUUACCUUAGAAUACUUUCAAGAGCAAGCAAAUGAACAGGCCAGUACAGGUAACCAAAUGGGAGAGAAGGAGGUACAAGUUCUAAAGGAGUCCAAUGAUCGAUUGAAAAACGAAAACCAAGUCUUGUGGGCAGAUGUCAGCAAACUUGAAUCACAACUAGAAUCUAUGAGAGUCACUUUAGAAUACUUUCAAGAGCAAGCAAAUGAACAGGCCAGUACAGGUAACCAAUUGGGAGAGAAGGAGGUACAAGUUCUAAAGGAGUCCAAUGAUCGAUUGAAAAACGAAAACCAAGUCUUGUGGGCAGAUGUCAGCAAACUUGAAUCACAACUAGAAUCUAUGAGAGUCACUUUAGAAUACUUUCAAGAGCAAGGAAAUGAACAAAGGGAGACAACGAGGGCACUGCAUGAUCCUGCCGACACUGCAUUCACUCUGAACCAAUAUACAGCUGACAUGGGUUGCGCGGAAAUACCUGACGCAUGCACAGAUGACGAAGAACGAGAGUCUGAAAAUGAAAGUGUGAUCCACUCCUAUCCUCAUUAUCCUCACGACGAUAAUUCAAGUGUAGGCGAGGAAGCUGAAAAAGAGAAGAAAGCAACCGAUUUUAGAGAAUCAAUAUCAAAUCAAUCCGCGCAAACAAGUUUGGUAUCGAGAGGGGAUGAAAAUGAUCCUCUUUCAGUUGCAUCUUUACUUCGUACUGGCUUUCCAUUCAAACGCGAUAGCAAAUCCAUGUCGUUGCUGAGAAAAUCAUCGAAUUCAUGCCUGGUGCCCAUAGGAGGAGAUAUUAGUGGUAAUCCAAAGAAGUCAAAGAAGAGUCCAAAAAAGCUGAGUAAAUUCUUUUUGACGCCAUCAGAACAGACAGUGAAGAACUGUCCAGCAUUUGAGCAUUUCAGUCCGUUGCCUACACUGCAACCAGUUUCAAAGUCUAGGAAACAGGAUGUCGGAAGCAAUUAA